AUGCGUUCACCCUUGACACAUUCAGUACAAACUCCCGCGAUCUAUCCAACGAAACAUCUAGACUCGCUGUCGAAGACGGCCCCCCCCCACUCGCAUCCCCCGCUCUCGCGCCAACCGUCGCGCCCCGGUCAGGGCGACUCAGAGACCGAGGAAGGUCCCCCAUCCAAUCCAACUGCACCGCACACGCUCCCGCGUCGAUCCCCAUCCCUCACAGAGGGCGAUCCAGCAGGCCGAACAAUAGGCAAAGAUCUUCCCUCUGGCUUUCCUCCACGGUUCACGUUCCCGCGGCGACCACCACGCUCCACAGCAGGUAAGGUAGCAGGACGCCCCACCAUAGCGACGGCCACGCCGAGAUCACGCGCCAGGAACGUUGAGUCAACAGCACAUGCGCAUGCGCAGCUAGCGCCUCCAACAUGGAAAGACAGGUCUCAUGCAAAAAUUCCGGCGCAUCCACCAAGAAAUCCGCGUCAAAAUCUCGCAGAAAAAGAAGGCCCAGGCGCCCAGAGGAACAAAAAAUAG